GUGUGUGCGUGUGCGUUGCUCGUGCUUGUUUUGUUGGUUUCUGCUUCCUUUCUCUAUUGCAUGCAUAUUCUUCACAUGUAUUUUUCAUCAUUUCUACAUUGACAAAAUUCUUUAUUUUCAACCAUGGCGAAAGAAAUUUCGAAAAAACGUACAUUUGUGAAUCAAGGUGUUUUUCGUGCCGAAUUGGAUGAAUUUUUGCGCCGUGAAUUGGCCGAAGAUGGCUACAGUGGUCUAGAUGUUUAUACUUUAGCUUCUAAAACUCGAAUCGUUAUCUUCGCCACGCGUACACAAUCAGUCCUAGGUGAAAAAGGUCGCAGAAUUCGUGAAUUGACAUCUUUAGUUCAAAAAAGAUUCAAUUUUGAUGAAGACAAAGUUGAAAUUUUUGCUUUGAAAAUCGCUGAUAGAGGUUUGUGUGCUAUCGCGCAAUGUGAAUCUCUACGAUACAAAUUAAUUGGUGGUUUGGCUGUACGUCGUGCUUGUUAUGGUGUUCUUCGUUUCAUUAUGGAAUCUGGAGCCAAAGGCUGUGAAGUUGUUGUCAGCGGUAAACUUCGUGGUCAACGAGCCAAAAGUAUGAAAUUUGUCGACGGAUGGAUGAUCCAUUCUGGUCAGCCUAAAAACGAUUACGUUGAUGUCGCUGUCAGACAUGUACUUUUGAGACAAGGUGUAUUGGGCAUCAAGGUAAAAAUCAUGUUGGAACAAGAUUAUGCCGGAAAGAAAGGGCCCAAGAUUCCGUUGCCCGAUAAUGUUCAAAUUGUUAAUCCGAAAGAAGAGACACUCCCGGCAUAUCCUUUCUCGGAAUCAAAAUUAGCUGUUGAACCAACCAAAAUAGCUGCAUAAGAAGAAUGAGAGACAUAAACAUUAUUCAAUAAAAAAAAACUAAUAAAAUUUUUCAUUUUUUCACAAA